AAACCAUCAAAAUUCCAGUAAAAUGCAUUCUAAGGGCCAUUUAAUAGCAGUUAUUGCAGACGAAGACACGUGCGUCGGGUUUCUUCUUGGAGGAAUUGGAGAAAUGAACAGCAAACACGAAGUAAACUUUUUCGUUGUCGAUCAACAAACCGAAGACACGGUCAUACAUGAACGGUUCAUGAGUUUCUUCAAAAGAAAAGAUAUUGAUCUUAUUUUAAUUACAUACGACGUGGUGGACAAAAUUCGGGAUACGGUGGAUAAAUAUAGAACCAAUUUAAUACCCGCAAUUUUGGAAAUACCCUCUAAAACAAGGGAAUUUGAUCCCAAUACGGAUAUAGUUUAUCAGACUGCUAUUAAGAAUGUUGGCACAGAAGGUGAUAAAAAUUAAAAACCAAAAAAAUUCAAGAACGACAAUGAAGGUACUUGUUUUGUGGAA